AAGGAGGACUUCACAUUUUGCUGACAUCUCUGAAUCUACUUUUUCCUCCCAUGGCGGCAGUCGCCGGGCUUCGCACGCUGGACUCUGUGCCGGGAGUGGGCAAGUUGUUCGUCAUCGCUGCACGAAACCGAUUGGUUCCUGCUCUCAUGCAAAUGGGCGAUGAGAACCCCCGGAUGUUCAAGAUGUUCAUGGGUCCCAAGCCGCUGCUGGUGGUGACGCACCCGGAACUGGCGCGCUCGGUGCUCACCCGGCCCCAGGACUUCAUCAAGUCUCCGCCGCUGGAGGCCCAGAAGAGUGGCUUCAGCUCGCGGCUGAACUUCACCUCGGAUGGCACGUAUGCCUCGGUGGUCAUGACCAACGGUGCCGAGUGGCAGGCGAUGCGAAAGCCGAUCGACCCCGCCUUUGAGAAGGCGGAGCUGAGGAAAUUCGUGCCCAAGUUCAACGACGCUGCCGGCAAGCUGCUGGAAAGCUGGAAGGGCAGCGACCAAAUUGAUGCCAAGAGAGAUAUGUCGCGCUUCGCCUUGGACGUGCUUGGCUCGGCGGUGCUAGGGCGAGACUUUGGCGCCAUUGAUGGCACCUUCGACGACACCUACGCGCAGUACCAGAUUGUUAUGCAAGAGCUUAUGAAUCCCCUCUACUUCACCUUCCCUGUGUUGGAGCGACUGCCGCUCCCACGCAACAUCGCCUACAAGAAAGCCAUCGACCACAUGUACUCUGUCCUUGACAGCGCGGUGCAAGCUCGGCGCCAACAGCGAGUAGAGCAGCAUGCAGCCGGCACGUUGACUGAUGAGCCGAACGAUAUGCUGGAUAUGCUGCUGGGUCCUGGUGUGGAUGCCAAAACAGUUCUGCCAGACGGCUACACGAUCCCGAUGCUGUGGCUCUUCUUCCUGGCGGGCCACGAUACCACCGCGGUGGCUCUGGCCUGGACCAUGCACUUCCUGGCAGCAAACCCAGAGGUCCAGGCCAAGGCCAGGGCCGAGGCGUUUGCCACCUUGAAGGGCAAGACGGAUCCUGACGCGGAUGACUUGGAGAAGGUCCCUUACAUCAACGCCGUCGUCAACGAAAGUCUCCGCUUGCGUCCUCCGAUUUAUAACCUGCUCACCCGGGACGCCGCGCACGACACGGAGCUGGACGGAGUAGCCCUGCCUAAGGGCACCGGCGUGUCGCUGCACAUCGGGGCAAUCAACACUCACCCUGAGGUCUGGGAGCGGCCGAAGGAGUUUGAUCCUGAGCGCUUCAUGCAAGAGAAGCAGCCGAGAGUCUUCAACAAUCUGCCCUUCUCAGCCGGACCCCGUCGCUGCUUGGGCGACAAGUUCUCGCUGUUGGAGCAGAGGGCCUUGCUGCUGAAGAUGCUCACGCAGUACGAGCUGCUGCCCGACGGCGAUAUGGCCAAGCAAGAGCGCACCUUCAGCAAUGCCUCCAUAGCCAUCAUGUUUCUGCAGCCUGAGGAGCUGAAGAUCAGAGUUCGUCCGCUGUGAGAAAGCGCGCCCAGGGCUCGCCCAUGGCGAACACUGGCCGCGUCAGUUGAUCUGGAUCUGGAUGAACCAGCUUUGUAGAAAACUUUGUAGCCAGAAAACACCAGAAACCUCCGCAGCAGCAUGUUCUCCAGCUUAAGCGGCGUAGUCGAGUAGGAGUCUUUUUUGCCGCGGGAGAAGUCUGGGUGUCCAAAAACUGGGGGCCCUUUUUGGUUGAUUGGGGA